AUGAGAAACCAUAGUUCAGUGGAUGAAUUUAUCCUUUUGGGUCUCUCCAGCCAUCCCAAGAUGCAGAUUGUACUGUUUGUGUUAUUUCUUUCAUGUUACGUCAUAUCCUUAAUGGGUAACAUCAUCAUUGUUUUAAUCAGCAAGAUGGAUUCUCGGCUUCACACCCCAAUGUAUUUCUUCUUGAGCAAUUUGUCCUUUUUAGACAUCUGGUACACAUCAAGCAUUGUCCCCAAAAUGCUGGUUAACUUCUUGUCUGUGAAGAAAAGCAUUUCCUUUGUGGGGUGUAUAACACAAAUGUGUAUCCAUCUCUCCUUGGGGGGCACAGAGUGUUAUCUACUGUUGGUCAUGGCUUAUGACCGGUAUGCAGCAAUAUGUAGCCCAUUACACUACACCAGUAUAAUGCAUCCCACUCUCUGCAUUAAGAUGGCGACUGGAUCAUGGUUUGGAGGUCUUAUGAACUCAUUAAUACACACACUGUUUGCAUUAAGAUUGCCUUUCUGUGGUCCUAAUGUAAUCAACCAUUUUUUCUGUGAGGUGCCUUCUGUUCUUGAAUUGUCUUGCAUGGAUGUGUCCCUUAAUAAGACUGUUAUUUUCUUUUGUGCUAUUUUGGUUGUUAUGAUUCCAUUCUUCCUAAUCCUCAUUACAUAUGUGCAUAUUAUUGUAAAUAUUUUAAAGAUAAGCUCUUCUGUUGGAAGGAGGAAGGCUUUCUCUACCUGUGCUUCCCAUAUCACUGUGGUUACUUUGUUUUAUGGGACCAUCAUAUUUAUGUACAUGAGACCUGGAGCAAGUCAUGUUCUAAAUCAGGACAAAAUGGCAACUUUGUUCUAUAGUGUUGUGACCCCAAUGCUCAAUCCUCUUAUUUACACAUUGAGAAACAAAGAUGUGAAAGUUGCUCUUAAGGAAAUUCGAAAAAAGUAAAUUUUCUUCAAAACAUAAAAA